AUGACUGGUCGUGGCAAGGGAUUCAAAGCUCUUGGAAAAGAAGGCGCCAAGCGUCAUCGGAAGGUUCUGCGUGUUAACAUCCAAGGUCAUUCGUCGUCUGGCUCGACAUGGUGGGGUCAAGCGUAUUUCCGGUUAUAUCUACGAAGAAACCUGAGGUGUACUGAAGGUGUCCCUAGAAAAAUCCGUGAUGCCGUCACCUACACUGAACACGCCAAGCGCAAAACCAUCACGACCAUGGAUGUUGUUGUCUACGCCCCGUCGGUAACUAGAGCGUCGGUGCCCCCACUCGACGCUGCAUCACUGCGUGCCACACCUGGCGCUGGCGAAGGGAUUGGCUGCGAUACCAAGGAUAGACAACAAACCAAUCAGACAAAAGAAGAUACUAGUUACAUGCUAUAG